ACUGAUAAAGGCAUUGAGAAGAAUAGAUAAAAACCAAAAAAACAAGCAUUUAAUCACGAGGCGAUGUAAAUUUGCGAGUUGAGAGCAACCGACUUGCCAUGGAAUUUGCUGGCGAGAAACGUGAACAGGAGUUAUUUGACAUAGGUAGCUCGCAGCGAGAAAAGCUGCGGCUAAAAUCGAAGUUUUGCGAAAAACAGUAGUAAGGAAAAAUUUACGUUCGGUGGCACUUCUCCACAAAGUAGUUAAUCAAAGUGAAUGCAAAUUUUAGUAAAAUAAAGUAUUAAUUUGAGAAGCCUCGUAAAAGAUUAAAAUGACACGUCGCGGAAAAUUCGUAGUAAAUAAGGUAAGCAACGCGAGAAUUAUUUUUAUUAGGGAUUCUACAGAAGCACCACAAGCACAAUGCCAGAGUACCAGUAGCAUACCUGUACAAACAGGCUGCAGCAGACGAGUACCGCCACCACUUACACUCACGCAAAAGCUUGAAUUCGUAUUGACGCUAAUUAAUCGUCUAUUAAUCGGUUUCAUAACGAUUUAUUUGUGUUGGAUGAGUUUACGAUUAGAUCGCGAGCAUAUUCCAUGGCACGCCGUACUUUGUACACUAGGGUUCCUUUGUUUAAUGUCUGAAGGUUUAAUGGCUUACUAUCGUGGGAAUGUUUGGACCCAGAUUUGUCAACGUCCAGAGAAAGCACGUUUACAUUGGAUGCUACAGCUUUGCGGCGCCAUAAUCGGUCUUACUGGAAUUGUCAUCAAAAUGUGUUUGGAAGAAGUGCAUUUUCAUACGCUGCAUGGUAUUUUAGGACUUGCUACCAUGAUAGUCUUGUUCAUUAGCCUAUUAAGCGGCCUAGGCUCACUCUACGCUACAGAAUUGAAAAGUCGUGUACAACCGCGCGUCAAUAAGACGCUACACAAUAUAACCGGGUUAAUAACGUACACAUUAGCUAUGCUGAGUAUGUAUUUUUCCUUUGAGACGGCACUUUUUAACGAUUACUCGUUAGAUGCAUCGACUUAUGUGGAUUUUCGUUUAUUAUUAGAAAUUAUAACAGUAAUCAUAUUUGCACUUAGCACCUAUGGACCACUGUGGUGUUUAUUUUAUAGUCGAAUAUGAAAUAGUUUGUAGGAAAAAUAUGUAUUUAACGAAUUGUUAUCAAAAGUUUGAUAAGAAAUAAAAUAUUGUACUACAACGAAACAAAGAAAACGAAUGCAAACAAUUUGUAAUGCUGGUACUAUUACAAAAAUUUAAUAUGUAAAAAAUAACUGUAUACUCUAAACAAGUACAUACUAACACGAAUUGACAAAUAUACUAACAGUUAACACACGAUGAUUUAAUUUUAAAGAUCUGCCCUAGCGCAUUAUAAAUUAAAAACACACAAUUUUUGCUUUUAUUUAUAAUAUUUAUUUGUGCAUUAUUUUAUGUUUGUUUUGCAAAAUCUUUUAUUAUGUAGCCGAUAUAAAUAAUACCUUUCUGCAUGCCGCAAGAAA